AUUUCCCGAUUCCCGAUUCGACCUGAGUGAAUUUGAUGAAGAAAGUAAUAACAUCAACGACACUGGAAAUGUUGAAUGGGAGAAUGCCUUAGUCGGUCGAAAGGGAUUGCCCGUUACGAUGAUUGAAAAUCCUUCUGACAAAUGUAACAUUAAUGUAGGGGAACAAGAUACGCUCAACAAUGUUAAUGGCUAG